AUGGCCACGAGGGUAGAGGUCAGCCCGCUAACGUCCCUUGCAGCCGUUCCCAACUUAAACGAGAUUGCCAAGGAAGACAAAUUGCAAACGACCUACUAUCACACAGGCAGCAAAGUCUCGGCCUCUCCUCCAGUGAUGGUGUUGGCAGGGACGAGGAAUCUUGGGACUCCAUCGAGAGCGCUCCCCGUGCCCCGCCUUUCUCCUAAACCCUUUUCUAAAGAGAACCCCUUGGACACGUUUGCGAAUGUGAAAUCGCCCAUCACGUCUGUGAAACCCUGUAUCGGGAUGUCCAGGCCGCUCGUGUAUAGCAAGCUUGAGGACUCGUCCACUGCUAAGGCCUUGGAUGAAAACAUGCCUUCCUUGGUCGAACCAAAGUUGGAUGAGGGAAGCCUGAGCUCAAAUGGGACUCUUUGUAAUAAAGCUCUGCCCCAAACCAUACACAGCCAAAAUACCAUCAUUCUGUUUGAAACAACUGGUCCUGCCAAGCCCAAGGCGAGCCACAGCCCCGGAAAGUCAGCGGGUGAGGAACAAAAGGUAGACGGUAUGGUGCCACUCCGUAGACAGCCGCCCAGCUCCAAACCUGAGACUGUGGCGAAGCCUGCAUUACCUCCUAGGAAACCUGUGGGGAUCCUCCAGAGGCAGGCCUCUUUGCCUUCUGACGAAAGGCCCGCUGUGUUGAGAACUUGGGAGAAGGCAGAGGAAAAGGAGCCCCCGCCUUCUCCUGGCAUUAAGAGUGAAGGAGGCCAUCCAUCUUUGGAGGCCCGGCCAAGGGGCAAACGGAGGCCUGCCUCGGCCAUCUUCGAGUCUAUCCAACAUCUAAAACCCAACUCUCUGGAAACCCCCAAGGGGAAGGUGCCCCCUACUCCCCCAGAGAAAUCAUGGGUCCGGAAACCUCGGCCCUUGUCUGUGGAUCUUACAGCCAGGUUUGAAAAUAAGGACAUCCUCUUUAAGAAGGUGGGCAGUCCCUUGGAGGAGAGCAAAGAGAAAGGGUUAGGUGUGGGUUCCUUUGACAGAGGACAUGGAGAAGAGAGGUCGGAGCCAUUGGACAAGGCCACAGCAGUGAAGCCUAGCUUGGGAUUGAAGGAACAGGGUUUGGAUGCCCCAGACUUGAAAAACAAAGUUAAGGAACACAAUCAGAAAAUUGUGUUUAAGCCUAUGGAGGUCAGUUCUCCUGAAACUUCUGUGACCCUGGCUGAGGCUUCUGUCAGAAAGGGCUGGAACCCCCUGGAAGAGAAGCCCAAACAGGAGGGAGACCUAGACUACAAGGAAAUCGAAGGACCAGUUCCUUUGCCUAGAUUGGAAAAAAGCCCAGAACUUGUAGAGGGGAAAAACCGAGCAACUGAGGAGGGUGAGAGGGUGACCCAAAGGGACAGCCCUGGAGGAGGGGGAGAUUGGACCUCAAGAGGGAGCGUCAAGAAGAGAGUCAGUCUGUUUGGGUCAGAAAGCUUCUCCUCUUGGCCGAGCACUGAAUCUCCUGCUCCAGCGCCUGAGAAGGAGAAAGGCAGUGUGAAAGUCCAGGAUCGGAUCAAAGAGUGGAUGGUGGAGAGCCCUGAGGUGCCUCCUGAGAGGAGGAGGAAGUCCUUCCAGGCAAGGCCCCUGUCUGCUGACUUGACUAAAUUGUUCACGAGGCCAUCUUUGGACGGUGAAUCGAGACUGGAGAAGGGUCCUGCCUCAAGCGGGGAGCUACUUCAAGAAAGCGUUUUCCAAGAAAAGAAUAAAGAAGGGCACAUUUUGCUCAGAACAGAUCCGAACAAAGCAUCUGCUGCCAGAAACCAGUGGAAGUCUGUGAAACCUUGGGAGAAAACCAGACAGAUUGAGCGGAAAUUGAGCUCUGGUAACGAGACAGACGGCUCCCUUUUCCCGGAAGGAGGUUCCACUGUGGCGCCCCAUCGACCCGAAGCCCACUCACCACUCUCCAUGGCCGAGGAAGAUGGGGACUUUCAGACCGUCAGGGCAACGAUGUUCGAAAACAACGUAGUGAAGUGCAACGUGGCUGACUGGCCCUUGUUGACAAGCUCCAGUGAGUCGAUCAGGAAAUGCAGUGAGACUCCCGUCCCGGGAGAAGAGAAGGCAUCUCGGUUAAGGAAGGCCCCGGGGGAUAAGAUGAAAGUCAAAAGUGAGAAUUCCAAGGGGGCUGAGAAACCCAGUGCAGGGAAAUCCAGGAGUGGUAGCCUCCCGGACAAAGAGGAAAGGCCAACGAAUGCCGCCCUGUCGGAAAAGCAUCCUGGGGGUGAAAGAAGGAAUGUCUCCUCUGGGAAGGAAACGGGAAAUAAUCUCACUUACCAAAGAGUCGAGCCAAGAUAUGACAUUGUACAAAUGACUAGUGAAAGGAUCUCGAGCGAGGCCGUUUUGAUGGCCCCCGAGGAAAAGGCCGUGACGCUUAGGACUAACAAACAGUCGUCCUCCGUGAAAGACAAGCAGGGUUUUCGGAGUGAAGGUCUUCACGUGAAGCCGCAGGGGACACCGGACGUUAAAGUGGGGUCUUUCCAAGCUUCUGCUUUGGUUGGGGAAGCUCCAGAGAGGCUGGAAACAGCUACCCCGAUGCCCGAAUUCCAUGAACCCAAAGAUGUGUUGGGUGGGAACUCAUUGCCUCCCAAUAGGAUAGCUGAGAAGCCCUAUUUAGGAAGCCAGGACAAGGCCCCUGGGAUAGUGGGCAACGACAAAGCCUCUCACCAGAGUGCCAAGGAAAAGAAAAACUCAGCCCGUGUUCCUGAGACCGUGAUGGUCAGAAUAACCCACUUAGAUCCCUAUGACCCCCCGCCAGAGAACACUUCAAUGGAAAUGAGCAAGGUGGGCUCUCUAAGUCCAGGGGAAAGAAGGACGAGACUUCACGAAUAUUUUAAUAGCUCUCAUCCCAGGACAGGGCUGAGGGCCACUGCUAAAGAGGAAACCUUUGACUUCAGUCUGAGAAAACACUUCGGCUCGAGGUCCAUGAGGAAAGAAUCCUAUGCCAUGGGUGAAGAACACGAAUGGGGCCAGGCCCACGCUCUGGAACCGGAAGCCAACGCCAGGAAGCCAUCUAGCGUGGAUCUGAGAGUCACAGAAAGAUGGCGCCGGAGGACGUUGCCUCACGACGUGAAGUUCGACGAGUUCCUCAUGUUCCCCUCAGAACCGUCCAAGAGGCUGGGGAGACGAGCCGAUUCUCUGUCCCCUGGCGAUACCUAUUUCAAAAAGAGCCGGCACGCCCAAGAGGGACCAGAUUCCCAGGAGGAUAAUUGGACUGGACCGUGGGAUGUGAAGGAUGGCGUCCCCAAGUCGGAGUCACGCCGGGAGCCCAGGGAAACCUAUUUUGCCGUGACGUAUCAGAUCUCCAAGGACAAGAGAGAAUAUCUACCGGACAGUUCUGAUUCGGAAAACAGGAAGCCGUCUUCUCUAGGCAGAGAUGAACCAGGUGCUGUUCAUCAUCCUAGAAAACUCAGCUUUUUGUCCGAGUUUUCAAACCACAGGUCGGCGCCUUUGCACUCCCGAGCCCCACCAGGAAACUUUGAAAGGAAGAACUGGCAGGUCAAAGAGAAGGACCCAGAAAACCUGAGUUUUUCCAAGAAUCUGAGGCCCGGCGACCAGGAAGGGCUUGAAGAGCGAUGCACGAGACAUGUCGAUGGCAAAGGGAUAGACGUGGAUGGUUUGUGUGUUAGCCAAAAGUCUGGAAACACCAGUAUCCCCAUCGAUUCCAAAGAUGAUGGAAGUAAUAGGUCUCCCGGACCUGAUCAUUUUACGUGUUCAUCGAGGAACCUCCUGACCAGAAGGAAGCAGGGGGACACCCAUGAAUCGCCCAGGGCCAAAGCCGAGGAUGGCUACAGGUCCAGCGUCCUCGACAUUGAUGCCCUGAUGGCGGAAUACAGAGAAGAAUUCAUGAAAGGCGGGGAUCCCAGGGACCGGAGGGAGGACAGAGUAUCAGCCGGCCAAGGUGGAGUUCAGUGGGAGAGACCCGGCGCCAGGAGUUCUGCAGACCACCUUUCCCAGAGGUAUGACUGGAGAGCCCAGAAAGAGCCCCAGGAUCCAGCCGGUUUCAGGAAGACGGUGAACGUCCCGGGACAGCAGCGACAUAGAACCGAGGAAUCCAGCUCAGCGCCACACUCUGGAUCUGAAACGAGCCAAGAGAAGUCAGAGUCCUUCGCUCGAGAACUGACUAGACAGAAGGCUUCUAGCACCAAAUUGACCUCUCCGCUCUGGGCCAUGCCCCAGUCUGGGCUUUCUGAUUCACCUUCUGAUACCUGGAAGAAAAUAGCACCCGCUGAAGAUGAGAAAAAAGACGGAGCAUCUGCUAAAAAGCCACCGACCACCAAAUCCCAGAAUUACAGAACUGAGGCAAGCACCCCCUUAUUUGAGGAUAAAAAUACGGAAACAAACUCAACCCCCAGGAGUUCCCCCCUUGUUCGUGAUGGUGUCUUAUAUGAAGAGGAUCCCUGGGCUCCCCGAAACUCUACGGGGAAAAGGGAGAAAGCGGGCUCUCUUCAUGGGAGAACUAAAGUCAGAAGGGGAGAAUAUGAUCUGAGCUUUACCAACGUGCCUGGGGACAUCAAGCGUUCUUAUUCAGAGAAGGUAGCCCCCGCCGCAGUCCAAGAGGGCCAAUCUCUCAUGCUGGAGGCCCGAGAAAGAAGGAAGGAACAACUGAAAGCCCAGCAGAGUCUCCCUGAGGAAAAUCUUGAGAGCACCAGAAUCCACAGGGCAUUCCCACACUGGGAAAGGACACCCAGCAAUCACAAGGACACCGUUGGGCCACGAGGAGCUGUCCCCUCCCCGUCCGGCUCCCUGCUGCUGCCCGAGUCCCUCAGGGACGCCGGUUCUGCCUCCGGAAAUGAACUGCUGUUGAAGUCAGGGAAGGACCCGGUGAGAUCCAGUCUCCUGGACGACAGGCGCUCGGGUGGUCUCCCUGGGGAAGGAGCGGGCUCCUGUGGAGCACUUGUGGAGACAUUCCGGGGAAAGGAUCUCGGGGGCCGCCGCUGCUGCUGCCGCCGCCACUGCUGGAACUUUGGAUUGCGUUCCGGACCUGCUCCUCCCCUCUCCCGGCCCCUGGAACAUGAGCUCCGUCCAGCUGCUUACGGACUCACGGGGGCAGCACAGCUCCUGGAUUUAUUUUGA